CUUUUAUUUAUUAUUUCUUUCUUCAUCUUUAAUUAGUACUGCAUAGCAAUCUUCUCCCGAACCCCACAAUUCUAAUUCUUUCUCCGUUUUCUACUUUCUUUUCUAUCAGAUCAUAAUUUUUUUUUGUUUAGAAAAAGAAGAAGCUUGAUCCGAUGAGUUCCAAUACUCCAUCAUCCAGCGCUGGAGGUGUUGGAUCUGCUGAUUCUUCUGCUCCUAGAAGAAAUUCCAAGCGACCCAAAUACUCCAAGUUUACCCAGCAGGAGCUUCCAGCUUGCAAGCCAAUUCUCACGCCACGAUGGGUCAUAUCAGCCUUUAUCCUUGUUAGCAUUGUCUUCAUUCCUAUUGGAGUGGUUUCUCUGUUUGCUUCUCAAGAUGUCGUCGAAAUCAUUGAUCGAUAUGAAACUGAAUGUGUGCCACAAGAUUUCAGAAACAAUAAGGUCUCAUUCAUACAGAGUGAUGCAAACAAGACAUGCACUAGAAGAUUGACAGUUACAAAGCGCAUGAAGCAGCCUAUCUAUGUCUACUACCAACUCGACAACUUCUACCAGAAUCAUCGGAGAUACGUGAAGAGCCGAAGUGACUCACAGUUGAAAGACAAUAGCAGUUGGAAUGAUGUUAGUUCUUGUAAGCCUGAAGACGAUUCUAAUGGCCAGCCGAUUGUCCCCUGCGGUCUUAUAGCUUGGAGUUUAUUUAAUGAUACCUAUAAUUUCUCCCUCAACAACCAGCAAUUGGCAGUGAACAAGACGGAGAUCUCCUGGAAGAGUGAUAGGGAUAGUAAAUUUGGGAAUGAUGUAUUUCCUAGAAAUUUUCAAAAUGGAACUCUUAUAGGUGGUAAAAGUCUUGAUCCAACUGUCCCGUUAAGUGAGCAAGAAGACCUCAUUGUUUGGAUGCGAACUGCUGCACUGCCAACUUUUAGAAAACUGUAUGGGAAGAUAGAACGGGAUCUCCAACCAAAUGAAGUCAUACAUGUGACAUUGGAGAACAACUACAACACAUAUAGUUUCAAUGGCAAGAAGAAACUUGUGCUUUCAACUACUAGCUGGCUUGGUGGGAAAAACGACUUCCUCGGCAUUGCUUAUCUCACGGUCGGUGGACUGUGCUUCUUUUUGGCUUUGUCUUUCACUGUAGUCUACCUGGUCAAGCCAAGGCGACUCGGAGAUCCUUCGUAUUUGUCAUGGAACAGAAAUCCAGGAGGACAGUAAGCAGUGCAAGUAGAACCUGGAACCUCUAAUCACCAAUGGUUCUAUUGGGUUGAUCGGUUGAUGUAUUAAAGCGGCCUAUAUAUAUAUAUAUAAUAUUUGUGUUUGCCUGAUAGUGUAUUUUGAGCCCCAAGGACUGCCAGAUUUGUGUACAAUUUCAGCAACACCCCAGUACAAAGAUCUUUAAUCUUGCAACUAUUGUGUUACAUGAUUUUUGUGUGAAGUGAAGGUAUGGUUUAUCCAC